AUGGAUUUUCCUUACAAUCUACCACUACUCCUAAGAAAGCAAAUAAAGGUAUUGAAAGUGCAUUACAGAAAAUAUAAGUUGCUCCGUGGGAGGCUUUUGGUUCGGUGUUUGAACCCCUUGAAUGCAGUCCUGAGCUUAGUAUUUAUAGGAGUCCCGGAAGGACAUUUGAGGCUGACAAGACCUACGUGGUGGAGCAUGGCCGGGCAAGUGGAUAGUCAAAUCGGCAUUUGGGAUCAUGAAGCAUGGUGGUCUGGGUUGAGAAACAUGGUGGAGUGUGAUCGGGGCAAGUGGGUAGUCAAAUCGGCAUUUGGGAUCGUGAAGCAUGGUGGUGUGACCCCCAUAAAUCUCGGCAAAUCUCGGCCACCGCCCUGA